AUGGCCGGGCGCCCUGAUGCGCCCGGAGCUUCCGAUCGCAAUAACAACACCAACAACGACCACCUUGUUGAUCUGGGGAGUUCCACGCCCGUCUACAGCUCAGGACAGCGACCUCCGGUUGACGAUUCACAACUCCUCCAACGAUACAACAUUGACGACUCUGAUGACUUCCAGCCCGAACCUAGACCCUCGACCAGUUACGAUGACUUCGUCGGCGGAGGUAGAGGAGCGCCCCAAGGCCAUACCACGCAACAACCGGUAGCAUCGUCUGCCCGGCCAUUCGCGGCCCCAUACAUGUCCGAUGGCACGCACAAUUACUCCCAAACCUCGGACCUGCACAACUACGCCAAAUACGGCGAUGGCGGCGACGAAUUCGGUGAAGAUGAUGGAGGCUACAAGUACUACGAUGGCGGAGGCCCAUCGGAUGAGAAUAUCCCUGGCGGAGGCGUCAAAGUAGUGGGAAGUCACCAUGGAAGAAAUCGAGCGAGUCUUAUGUCCAUGUCGGGGAUGGUGGACCGAGCCAAAGGAAUGCUGGGAAUGCGAGACAGCAAUUAUUCGGACAUGGCCCUCCCUCUGACGGAAGCGGGCAUGCAGAAUACAAGGGUCGAUACCGCAGGCACGGAGGAGACGACGCCGGGUCGCGAACGGAGGGCGUUUUCUUUCGAGGAUGUUAAGGCUAUCUUCGGAAAGAAAAAGGUCGACCCGUCUACCCUGGGUCCCCGGAUCAUCCAUCUCAACAACCCGGAGGCCAAUGCGACAAACCGAUGGGUCGACAACCAUAUCUCCACCGCGAAAUACAACAUCGCGACCUUUAUCCCGAAAUUCCUGCUGGAACAAUUCUCAAAAUAUGCAAACUUGUUUUUCCUGUUCACCGCCGUGCUUCAACAGAUACCCAAUGUUUCUCCCACGAAUCGAUACACGACCAUUGUCCCUUUGAUCAUUGUACUUGCGGUGUCGGCGAUGAAAGAGUUGGCGGAGGAUUACAAGAGGAAAAAAUCCGACAAAGCAUUGAACGACUCAAAAGCCCGAGUGCUGAAAGGCUCCGACUUUGUCGAGACCAAAUGGAUUAAUGUCGCAGUUGGUGAUAUCGUUCGAGUCGAGUCUGAGGAGCCAUUCCCGGCGGAUCUUGUCCUUUUGGCAAGUUCGGAGCCUGAAGGUCUCUGCUACAUCGAGACGGCCAACCUGGACGGCGAAACGAACCUGAAGGUCAAGCAAGCCAUUCCUGAGACCGCCCAUUUGGUCAGCCCGGCGGACCUUGGGCGCCUCGUUGGACGUGUCCGGUCAGAACAGCCCAACAGCAGUCUUUACACGUACGAAGCCACCUUGACAAUGUCUGGCGGAGGCCGCGAAAAAGAGCUUCCCUUGAAUCCUGACCAGCUGCUGCUCCGCGGAGCAACUUUACGAAAUACCCAUUGGGUGCAUGGCAUCGUUGUCUUUACCGGGCACGAAACGAAACUGAUGCGGAACGCGACGGCGACCCCGAUUAAACGUACCGACGUGGAACGGAUGCUCAACAAGCAAAUCCUUAUGCUGGUGGCGAUUCUGUUGAUAUUGAGCGCUAUCAGCACAAUUGGCGAUAUUGUCGUACGGUCGACUGCCGGAAAGAAGUUGACGUAUUUGUACUAUGAAAGCUUCAAUGCGGCCUCCCAGUUCUUCUUGGACAUCUUCACUUAUUGGGUGCUGUAUUCCAACCUGGUGCCCAUUUCACUUUUUGUGACCAUCGAGUUGGUCAAAUACUAUCAAGCGUAUCUGAUCAACAGCGACCUUGACAUCUAUUACCCCGAAACCGACACUUCUACGGUCUGCCGAACGUCAUCCCUUGUGGAAGAGCUAGGCCAGAUCGAGUACAUUUUCUCCGACAAGACGGGCACCCUGACCUGUAACGUGAUGGAAUUCAAGCAAUGCACAAUCGGUGGCAUUCAGUAUGCAGGCGUCGUGCCCGAAGACAGAAGAGCCACGGGGCCCGACGACACCAACGGAAUCCAUGAUUUCAACCGGCUGAAGGAGAAUCUGAAGACGCAUCCCAGCAGAUCGGCCAUCCACCAAUUUUUGACUCUGCUGGCAGUCUGUCACACCGUUAUCCCCGAACGCAAGGAUGAAAAGUCAGACAUCAAGUACCAAGCCGCAUCUCCUGACGAGGGAGCUCUAGUGGAAGGUGCCGUGAUGCUAGGGUAUCAAUUCGUGGCGCGUAAACCACGAGCGGUGAUCAUUCAGGUCGACGGACAAGAACUGGAGUAUGAACUUUUGGCGGUAUGCGAGUUCAAUUCGACACGAAAGCGUAUGUCGACCAUUUUCCGGUGUCCCGACGGCAAGAUCCGGAUCUACUGCAAAGGAGCAGAUACAGUGAUUCUGGAGCGACUAGCCAAGGAGAAUCCCAUUGUGGAUGUAACGCUGCAGCACCUUGAAGACUACGCCACAGACGGCCUGCGGACAUUGUGUCUGGCCAUGCGUGAGAUCCCCGAACAAGAAUAUCAGGAAUGGCGACAGAUUUUCGAUAAGGCUGCCACCACGGUGAGUGGGAAUCGCUCCGAAGAACUCGACAAGGCUGCCGAGCUCAUUGAGCAGAAUUUGUUUCUGCUGGGAGCCACGGCAAUCGAAGAUCGCCUACAGGACGGUGUCCCGGAGACCAUCCAUACCUUGCAGCAAGCGGGCAUCAAGCUGUGGGUUCUCACGGGCGACCGACAAGAAACAGCAAUCAACAUCGGAAUGAGCUGCAAACUUAUCAGCGAAGAUAUGACGCUGCUUAUCAUCAAUGAGGAAUCUUCGACGGCCACCCGGGACAGUCUCCAGAAAAAGUACGACGCCGUGUGCAGUCAAGCAGCGUCGGGAGAGUACGACACUUUGGCUCUAGUCAUUGAUGGCAAGUCGCUCUUGUUCGCCCUGGAGAAAGAUAUGGAGAAGUUAUUCCUCGACUUGGCCGUCAUGUGCAAGGCCGUCAUCUGCUGCCGAGUAUCGCCUCUGCAAAAAGCACUCGUGGUCAAACUGGUCAAGCGGCAUUUGAAGGCUCUGUUGUUGGCCGUCGGAGACGGCGCCAACGACGUGUCGAUGAUCCAAGCCGCCCACGUCGGCGUGGGCAUCAGUGGCCUCGAAGGUCUCCAAGCUGCACGCAGCGCCGACGUGGCCAUUGGCCAGUUUCGAUUUUUGAGGAAACUGCUCCUGGUGCACGGAGCGUGGAGUUACCACCGAAUCAGCAAGGUGAUUCUGUACUCGUUUUACAAGAACAUUGCCAUGUUUAUGACACAGUUUUGGUAUUCGUUCCAAAACUCCUUUUCCGGCCAAGUCAUCUACGAAUCAUGGACACUGUCAUUCUACAACGUGUUAUUCACCGUCCUCCCACCCUUCGCCAUGGGCAUUUUCGACCAAUUCAUUUCGGCCCGGCUGUUGGAUCGAUACCCACAACUGUACCAGUUGACUCAAAAAGGCGUGUUUUUCCGCAUGCACUCGUUCUGGUCGUGGGUGGCCAACGGAUUCUACCACUCGAUCAUCGCGUACAUUUUCUCCUCCUAUUUCUUUUACGACGAUUUGGUCCUGUCCAACGGCAAGAUCGGCGGCCACUGGCUCUGGGGCACCUCGACAUACACGGCGAUAUUGCUCGUUGUGCUCGGCAAAGCCGCGCUGAUCACCAAUGUCUGGACGAAAUAUACGGUUUUGGCCAUUCCGGGGUCGUUUGUGAUCUGGUUGGCGUUCAUCCCGGCCUAUUCGUAUGCGGCCCCCAAUAUUGGCUCGGGCUUCUCGACGGAACUCGAGGGCAUUAUUCCGGUCAUGUUUACCUCUCCGGUAUUCUAUGCCUUGUGUCUUUUGCUUCCGCCGGCUUGCUUGCUGCGCGAUUUCGCUUGGAAGUAUGCCAAGAGAAUGUACUUCCCGCAGGCGUACCAUCAUGUCCAGGAGAUUCAGAAAUAUAAUGUCCAGGACUACCGGCCUAGAAUGGAACAGUUCCAGAAAGCGGUGAGGAAGGUUCGUCAGGUCCAGAGGAUGCGGAAACAGAGAGGGUAUGCUUUCUCUGCGGCCGAUGAGGCGGGCCAGCAGACGAGGAUUCUGAGUGCUUAUGACACUACGCGGGGCAGAGGGAGGUUUGGGGAAAUGAGUACUGCGAGGUCGGAGGAGUGA